AUGCUCCAGGUUGCUGCUGGAAUUGUUGCUUUGAUAGGUCUUCUGGUCUAUCAUCAAUAUUUUGGAAAGAAGAAUGUCUUAUUGAGUCUUCCUCCGGGGCCAAAGGGUCUGCCCAUCCUUGGUAAUAUCUUGGAUCUUCCACCACCCGAGAUUCCUGAGUUCCAGCAUUGGCUCAAGUUCAAGGAUCUCUAUGGCCCAAUCAGCUCCAUAACAGUACUGGGCCAAACUCUUGUUAUCAUCCACGACAGGCAGGUAGCGAAUGAUAUUAUGAACAAAAUGUCGUUGAAGACUUCCAAUCGACCGACAUCAGUCUUCGCAUUCGAGCUGUGUGGGUUUCAGAAGUUCACGUCAGGUAGACAGUAUGACGCAGACUUCCGGCUGCAAAGGAAGUUCAUGCACCAACAGGCAGGCACAAAAACGAUUGCCGCACAAUUCAAUGGCGUUCAAGAUGUUGAGUCGCGGCGCCUUUUGAAACGGACCAUGGAUGAUCCCAAGAAUCUUAUCAAACACUUUAGGACCGAGGCGGCCGCCAUCAUCCUAAAAACCGUAUAUGGUUAUUCCAUUGAGCAACACGCGGUCGAUCCUUUGACGAAAUUGAUCGAGACAAUGAUGACCAACCUUUCACAAGCUUUGAACCCCUCACCAAGACUCGUUGACAUGAUAUCUGCUCUUAAGCAUCUACCCGAUUGGUUCCCAGGCACGGCAUUCAAGGAGAUAGCCAGGCAAUGGAACAAAGUCAACCAUGAUGCAGUGAACAUUCCCUACUCGUUCGUUAAGCGGCAAAUGGCAAACGGCACCAAUCGCCCAUCAUUUGUGUCAGGCCUUAUUGAACGAUACAGCACAAAAACUGGAAUUCUCGACAACGACGACGAGGAUGCUAUCAAAUGGACGGCAGGAAUCUUGUACGGUGCAGGAUCAGACACGACUGUAGCAGUUCUGACUGCCUUCAUAUUAGCUAUGACCCUAUUUCCGGAAGUCCAGAAGAGGGCACAAGAGGAAAUUGACAACUUGAUUGGCACAUCUCCAACUCGACUUCCUCAGUUCGAUGAUCAGGAACGGCUGAAAUAUACCUCGGCUAUUGUCAAGGAAGCUUUUCGAUGGUUCACAAUUGUGCCAAUCACCACGACUCAUGCAACCGCUGAAGAUAUUACCUAUAAUGGCUACCGCAUUCCCAAGGGAACGCUCCUGCUCCCCUCGGUGUGGUGGAUUCACCAUGAUCCUCAAACAUAUCCAGAUCCAUUCCGUUUCUCCCCAGAGAGGUUUCUCGAGCCGCGCAAUGAACCUGAUCUGAGCGAAUUAUUUGGUUACGGUCGCAGAAUCUGCCCUGGGCGGUAUAUGGCCGAUGACAGCCUCUUCAUAACGAUGGCUCGGCUGCUAGCUACGUUCAACAUCAGCAAGGCGGUAGACGAACAAGGGGUCCUGAUGGAGCCCAGAGUAGAACAAUUGCCAGGGCUGGUUAGUCAUCCGGCGAGUUUCCCCUUUAGUAUCACCGUGAGGAGUGAGAAGCAUGAAGAACUCAUCAAAUCAAUCGAGGUGGACCAUCCUUGGGAGAAGAGCGACGCUGACCUUCUUGAGUCUGAACAAGACUUGACGGCCUACAAAUGA